UCGAACAAAACCAAAUAAAAUCGUCAUUUUUUUUUUAUUUUUUAUCAAUCAUCAUCAUGUCCUUCUCCUUCUUCAAGCCCUCUCGCCCUCGAUCUGUACCCUCAGAGCUCGCAAGGGCAAUCAAGGACAGCCUGCUCGCCCUCGACACUAGGAACUUCACCGAGGCUCUAGAAGAAGGAAAGAAUAUUGUAUCAAUGAAGCGAAUGCUCUGAGAAUAUGGAGAAGCUGAACCAAAUCAAGACCAGGUUACUCAAAUAGCCAUUGAAAUUUGCAAAGAGGAUGUUCUUCCUCUUUUCGUCCAGAAGUUGCCAAGCUUGGGUUGGGACACUAGAAAAGAUUUAGCCCACUGCUGGGGAAUUCUGUUGAGGCAACAAGUUGGCUCUAGCUUUUGUUGCGUUGAUUAUAUCGAGAAACAUUUGGAACUUUUGGACUUCCUUAUAUUUUGUUAUAAUAACAAGGAGAUUGCUCUCAAUUGUGGUAGUAUGUUGAGGGAAUGCAUCAAAUAUCCAUCACUUGCAAAAUACGUAUUGGAAUCAAGAAGCUUUGAGUUGUUCUUCAAGUAUGUUGAAUUACCAAACUUUGAUAUUGCUUCUGAUGCCCUUGCUACCUUCAAGGAGUUGCUUACUAAACAUGAGACAGCAGUAUCACAGUAUUUGAGUGUACAUUACGAAGUGUUCUUUGAGAACUAUGACAGACUAUUGGCUUCUCCAAAUUAUGUGACAAGAAGGCAAUCAUUGAAGUUUCUUUCGGAUUUUCUUUUGGAGCCUCAAAAUUCACAAAUAAUGAAGCGUUAUAUCUUAGAAGUUCGAUACUUGAAGACUAUGAUUGCUUUGUUGAAGGAUUCAAGCAAAAACAUUCAGUUUUCAGCAUUCCACAUUUUCAAGGUUUUUGCCAUUAAUCCGCAAAAGCCACGAGAGAUAAUUGAGGUCUUAGCACAAAAGCAUCAAAAAUUGUUGCUGCUACUAAACAAUCUUCCUAUGAACAAGUAUAGUGGUGAUGAUGAGGAACUCGAAGAGGAAAAAGAUCUAAUAAUCAAGGAGAUCGAAAGAAUUUCUCGAUUACCAGAUAUGAUCGCUUAAUUUUUGUUAUUAUUUUUAAUUUUUUUUCCUUCUAUUUUCUUCAUGUGCUACUUUCUCCCAUGUUUUUUAUUUGCAAAAUGAUUCAAUUAUUUUUUUUGAACCUGAGAAACAGGGUGAGGUACCCUGUUCAUUUGAAUAUAUUAAUAGAAGAUAGAAGAAUGUACAUACUUCUUCUCUAGAUGAUGGUGAGAUCAGUGAGAGAGGUGGGUAGGGAGCGGACCAUAGUCGUCACCUACCACACCACACCAACCGAUUCCAUCAUCUAAAGAAGGCAAAAGGAAACCAAAAAUAGACAACGUUUCAUAAGGAUCAUAGAAAACACUACAAUACUGAUAAGAGACUGAAAAUGCUAGGCACUGAUAGCCCCUAACCAAAAGGGAACAAAUAAAACACCCAAAGUCAACAAAGCAUGUCUAGAAUGCCACUCAGGAUACAGAUGUUAGCUGCUGCGGAGGCUCUCCCCUGCAUCCCCUGAGGAAGACUUCUUCGCUAGGUUCUGGAGGCCGAGAUUAAGGGCUGCCCUACGAAGCCUCCUCGCCGUCCUGUCAUCUUCUUCAC